CCAGCCUAGAAGAUCGGGAUGGUUUUCUGUUCCCUAUCCAUGUGGCUACCCUCUCAAGGUUAGAACCGAAGCUAUGUGGGGCCGGCACAUUCUCCAGCACCAGAUGAGAAGAGCUGCCGUGAAGGAGUGACAGCCACCAAAGGAAGAGGAGAGGGACUCUGUCCUGCUGCAAACCAUGAACAACAGCUUGCAGGUUAACCUGCCCAGAAGCUGGGCUGCUUCGAGUGGCUCACUUCAGGAGAAGUCUGAGCAUUCUUUUUUUCUUUUCUAUUACUAUAGGAUGGAGGAUGAAGCUGUCCUGGACAGAGGGGCUUCCUUCCUUAAACAUGUGUGUGAUGAAGAAGAAGUAGAAGGUCACCACACGAUCUACAUUGGGGUCCAUGUGCCCAAGAGCUACCGGAGGAGGAGACGCCACAAGAGAAAGGCCGGGCACAAGGAAAAGAAGGAAAAGGAAAGGAUCUCUGAGAACUACUCUGACAAAUCGGAUGUGGAAAAUGCGGAUGAAUCCAGCAGCAGCAUCCUCAAACCCCUCAUCUCCCCGGCCGCAGAACGCAUCCGAUUCAUCUUGGGAGAGGAAGAUGACAGCCCGGCACCUCCCCAGCUCUUCACUGAACUCGAUGAGCUGCUGGCUGUGGAUGGACAAGAGAUGGAAUGGAAGGAGACAGCAAGGUGGAUUAAGUUUGAAGAGAAAGUGGAGCAGGGUGGGGAACGAUGGAGCAAACCCCAUGUGGCCACCUUGUCCCUGCACAGCCUGUUUGAGCUGAGGACAUGCAUGGAGAAAGGAUCCAUCAUGCUUGACCGGGAGGCGUCUUCUCUCCCACAGCUGGUGGAGAUGAUUGCAGACCACCAGAUCGAGACAGGCCUCCUGAAGCCUGACCUGAAGGAUAAGGUUACCUAUACUCUGCUCCGGAAACACCGACACCAAACCAAGAAGUCCAACCUUCGGUCCCUGGCUGACAUUGGGAAGACGGUCUCCAGUGCAAGUAGGAUGUUUAGCAACCCUGAUAAUGGCAGCCCAGCCAUGACCCACAGGAAUCUGACAUCCUCCAGUCUCAAUGACAUUUCUGAUAAACCAGAGAAGGACCAGCUAAAGAAUAAAUUCAUGAAAAAACUGCCCCGUGAUGCGGAAGCUUCCAACGUGCUUGUUGGGGAGGUUGACUUCUUGGACACUCCCUUCAUCGCCUUUGUUCGCCUACAACAGGCUGUCAUGCUGGGUGCCCUGACUGAGGUCCCUGUGCCCACAAGGUUCUUGUUCAUUCUCUUAGGUCCAAAGGGGAAAGCCAAGUCCUACCAUGAGAUUGGAAGAGCCAUUGCCACUUUGAUGUCUGACGAGGUGUUCCACGACAUCGCUUACAAAGCGAAAGACAGACAUGACCUGAUUGCUGGCAUUGAUGAGUUCUUAGAUGAAGUCAUUGUCCUUCCACCUGGGGAAUGGGACCCGGCAAUCAGAAUAGAGCCUCCAAAGAGUCUCCCAUCAUCUGACAAAAGAAAGAAUAUGUACUCAGGCGGAGAGAAUGUUCAGAUGAAUGGGGACACACCUCAUGAUGGAGGCCACGGAGGAGGAGGGCACGGUGACUGUGAAGAACUACAGAGAACUGGCCGGUUCUGCGGUGGAUUAAUUAAGGACAUAAAGAGGAAAGCACCAUUUUUUGCCAGUGACUUUUAUGAUGCUUUAAACAUUCAGGCUCUCUCGGCGAUUCUCUUCAUUUAUCUGGCAACCGUAACCAACGCCAUCACUUUUGGAGGCCUGCUUGGGGAUGCCACCGACAACAUGCAGGGUGUGUUGGAGAGUUUCCUGGGCACUGCUGUCUCCGGAGCCAUCUUCUGCCUUUUUGCGGGUCAACCGCUUACCAUCUUGAGCAGCACGGGACCAGUGUUGGUGUUUGAGAGGCUUCUUUUUAACUUCAGCAAGGACCAUAAUUUUGAUUACUUGGAGUUUCGUCUUUGGAUUGGCCUGUGGUCAGCCUUCUUGUGUCUCGUCCUGGUGGCCACUGAUGCGAGCUUCCUGGUUCAGUACUUCACCCGUUUCACGGAAGAAGGUUUCUCCUCUCUCAUUAGCUUCAUCUUCAUCUAUGAUGCUUUCAAGAAGAUGAUCAAGCUAGCAGAUUACUAUCCUAUCAACUCUGAUUUCAAAGUGGGUUACAACACUCACUUCUCCUGCGCUUGCCUGCCACCUGACCCAGUUAAUCUCUCAGUAUCUAAUGAUACCACACUAGCCCCAGAGGACCUGCCGACUAUUUCUUCUACUGACAUGUACCAUAAUGCCACCUUUGACUGGGCGUAUUUGUCAAAGAAGGAGUGUGUGAAAUAUGGAGGGAAGCUGGUGGGAAACAACUGUGACUUCGUGCCUGAUAUCACGCUCAUGUCCUUCAUUCUCUUCCUGGGCACUUACACCUCAUCUAUGGCUAUGAAGAAAUUCAAGACCAGUCGCUAUUUUCCAACCACAGCAAGAAAACUGAUCAGUGAUUUUGCCAUUAUCCUGUCCAUCCUCAUAUUCUGUGUAAUAGAUGCUCUAGUUGGCGUGGACACCCCGAAACUCAUUGUGCCAAGUGAGUUCAAGCCAACAAGUCCUAACAGGGGUUGGUUUGUCCCACCUUUUGGAGGAAACCCUUGGUGGGUGUGCCUUGCUGCUGCCAUCCCGGCUUUGCUAGUCACCAUCCUGAUUUUCAUGGACCAGCAGAUCACCGCUGUAAUUGUGAACAGGAAAGAGCAUAAACUCAAGAAAGGAGCUGGGUAUCACCUGGAUCUGUUUUGGGUCGCCAUCCUCAUGGUGGUUUGCUCCUUCAUGGCUCUUCCCUGGUAUGUGGCUGCUACUGUCAUCUCCAUUGCCCACAUUGACAGUCUGAAGAUGGAGACAGAGACAUCUGCACCUGGAGAACAACCAAAGUUUCUGGGAGUGAGAGAACAACGAGUCACUGGAACCCUGGUGUUUAUUCUGACUGGCCUGUCGGUCUUCAUGGCUCCCAUCCUGAAGUUUAUCCCGAUGCCUGUGCUGUAUGGUGUGUUCCUGUAUAUGGGGGUGGCCUCACUUAAUGGUGUGCAGUUCAUGGACCGUCUCAAGCUGCUUCUGAUGCCCCUGAAGCAUCAGCCUGACUUCAUCUACCUGCGCCACGUCCCCCUACGCCGAGUCCACCUGUUCACCUUCCUGCAGGUCUUGUGCCUGGCUCUGCUAUGGAUCCUCAAGUCAACAGUGGCUGCAAUCAUUUUUCCUGUCAUGAUCCUGGCCCUGGUAGCUGUCAGAAAAGGCAUGGAUUACCUGUUCUCCCAGCAUGACCUCAGCUUCCUUGAUGACGUCAUUCCAGAAAAGGACAAGAAAAAGAAGGAGGACGAGAAGAAAAAGAAAAAGAAGAAAGGAAGUUUGGAUAGCGACAAUGACGAUUCUGACUGCCCAUACUCAGAAAAGGUCCCCAGUAUUAAAAUUCCAAUGGACAUCAUGGAACAGCAACCUUUCCUAAGUGAUAACAAACCCUUGGACAGAGAAAGAUCCUCAACAUUCCUCGAACGCCACACAUCAUGCUGAUAAAAUUCCUUUCCUUGAGUCUCUGGGUUUACCCAGUCCUCCAAGAACUCCAGUGAAAGUCGUGCCUCAAAUUAGAAUCGAAUGUGAGCCUGAAGACAACGAUUAUCUUUGGAGGAGCAAGGGAACAGAAACCACAUUGUAACCUGUUUGUCCUUCUCAAAACUGACACUUCUGUUGUUAACUGUUCUAAUUUUUUUUUUUGUCUAUGUAUUUUUAAAUCUUUUGUUUGGUCACUGGCUGAAUAAUACAGUCACUCUCUCUGCUUCUCUCUUGCAUAGGUAAAAAUCAAGACAAUAGUGUCCCUUUCCUUAAAAAAAAAAAAAAAAAAAAGCAUUUGAGGGUCACACUCUUGUUUUCAUACAUUCAGAUGUGUCCUCUGACAUGUAAGUCCCUCUGUCACUCAAGACACAAAGAAACUGUCCUUGUUAAGCAGAGAUCAAAUGUGACAAGAAUUUUUAUACCACCUUUUAUGAAACUAUUGAAAGAACUUACAACCUAAGCUUGGAGCUUGGCUUGGCUCUGUCUGGCAGAGCAGCCCUUGACCUCCAGACAGAGUCCCUUCCUGCUUACAGAAUCCCCAAGACUGGAAAAGUGCUGCUACCAACCUGCCCUUGCUCGCCAACCCUGAUCUUAGAGUUAUCAAAAGCAGAACUCACUAAAGGUACUUCGCUCCCUGUAGAGAAACCCUUGCCAUCAUUGUAGCAAGUGCUGGAAUGUCCCUUUUCCUAUGCAACUUUUUUUAACCCUUUAAUGAACUUAUCUGUCAAGUACAUUGAAGAAUAUUUUUCUUCCUAGAUUUUGUUGUUUAAAUUAUGGGGCCUAACCUGCAACUUAUUUUUUGUCAAUUUUUUAAACUUUUUUUUAAUUACUGUAAAGAAAAUGAAUUUUUUUCCUGCAGCAGGAAACAUAGUUUUGAGUAGUUCUACCUCUUACCUGUAGCUGCCAGGCUUUCUGUAAAAAUUGUAUUGUAUAUAAUGUGAUUUUUACGCACAUGCGUGCACAUGAACACAUGUACACACACACACACACACACACACACACACACCACUCUAGGGUAAGCCAGAAGGCUAGAACAAAUUAAAAGAAAAACAAAACACCAUGCUUCUAAGAAUCUGUUGGGUUGUCAGGUUGUUCCCCUCCCCCCUUUUUUCAAAAUAAAUGUAGCUGUUUUGUGAAGGAAUCUGGGGAGGAGAGAGAAAUGUGUGCAGGGGGAAUAACUUCUGCUGUGGUGAUGAUCGUGCUGGGGACAGAUGCUGGCGUGUUACAUGUCGACAUCCUAUGCAGUAUUGUUAGGGAUUUCCUCAUUUUAAUAAUUUGUGUGUUUGUGUAAGAACUCUGUGUGUGGUUGUUGCACACCUGCGCAAAGCCGGAUAAGAGUGACAGUAGCCAGAGGGCAAAGCUGUCACGCUCCUUGUGUCCAUUUUCAUAAAAUCCAAAACCACUCAUGAGAACUCUAUCAGGGGCCAAGAAAUGUAUUGUGGACAUUCAGGUGAAGAUAUCUUAUUACUCAGACGUCAGUCAGCAUCCCAGAUACAAGGGUCCAGAGCUACAAUACAAAAGCCAUAAGAAUGUUAUCAGCCCCGAGGUGUUACACAUCUGUAACAUGCUAUAGGAAUGCACAUAGAUCUGCAAGGAAAGUUUAAAGUGUUCAUUUACAUGCCCUCAUAGGAUAGGGUUAUUAGACCACAUGUAUGAUGAGUAUAUAUCUGUGUGCUUCAAUAGACCGAGUUGAAAAUUAGACCUUCCUUAGCCAAAUUGAUGUGGCAUUUGAUUCCAAUAUUUUUAGUAAGUUGUGUUAUAUAUUGAUUAUAUAUAUUAUAUAUUGAGAUAAUAGUUUGGGUGUGGAAUCUAUAUUUUUGGAUUUGUAUAGCAACAGUUUGUGAUAUACAUUCACUGUAAGAGAUUGCUGGGAACACUGAAGAAGCAGAGGGGAACCACCUACUAUGACUGGAUCUGUGGUUGGUUCUUAUGGACUCCCACUUUCUUACAGGAACUAAAAUGUAAUCCUGCUCUCCUGAAAUCUUGAUAAGAGUUUUAUUACCCUGUUAGAUGUUACUUUCAUGGCAUUUGGUCAUCUCGAAACUUUAGAUUUUAGAGUAAUUAGGCAUGAAUGACCCCAAGGGUUUUUGUUGUUGUUGAAAUGAUAGCAGCAAAUUACAUGUCAUUUGUUACCGUCUCAAAUGAUACAUUUUUACAUCGCAUUUGUCUUGAGGGUUAUCCUUAAAGUAGUUGUUGUGCAUUUUCUGGUUUUUCUAUUAAACUGUGUAAGGAAUCUUACCUUUUUAGUGAUAAACACAUCAGGAAAAUGUUGAAAAUCAUGCAUCAUAAAUGCAGCCCAAUCUUGAUGUUGAAUCAAAAACAUUUUGUUUACUUUUAUAAAAGCUCUGGAUAUAUAUAAUAUACACAUAUAAAUAAUUUAUAAUUAUGAAUCAAGCUUAGGUAGGGACUCAUGACCCUCCUCUUACGUUUCAGAGAGCUCCUAGAGUAAGUCACAUCAGUCCUUGAGUAGCUCUUGAAGUUAUCUCACCCCUUGUAUGGUCCUUAGUCUGUGACUGGGGUGGAUAUUAGUAUUCAUGGAGUGAACAUAAAGCCAUACCUUACAUUUGCUUUAGGUAACAACGAGUGCUCUCAUUACCACCGGAGUUCCCACACUAACAAGCAGAACCCCAAAUCUCCAUGGAUGCCCCGCAGUAUCUGAAUCUGGCUGAAUUCGCUCAUUGGCUGAUAACUAAGCAGAUUUCAUGGUGGUUUUGUUUCUAUGCAAACUGGACACAAAUACAGCAAUGAAUUCUUUAUAAUGCCUUUCUCCCUGGAUGUGAAUUUGGAGAUAAGUGUUUCUUGAAGCAAAGACUCAGAGCUGUUGGCCAGGAGUACUGUGGUAGUGCAAACUGGCUGAGAGAAGGAAGAUGUGCAGGCUGAGCCUGCUUGUCGAAGCAUCAAGGCCUCCAGUUUGCCGAGAUGCUGAGAUGCUGGUCCUGUCCUACUGUGUGCAGAAACUACUAAUCGUUUUGUAUAUCAGAGGCAGUAUUGUUUCAGCCUCUCCUGAUAAAGCCGUGGGGUGGGUCUGGGAAGUCCUCUUUUGAGAAGGCACAAACCAGACCUUCCUUCUUGUCCCCCACCUAAGAGAAAGGGCUGUCUGUUGUCGGUAAUCUGGCUUAUGUGCAUUUUGGGCACAUGUAACAACACACACAGAGUAAAUCCUUUGUCAGUCACGUGUUGCUGUUUAAUAUAGCAAAUGAUUGUCUUCCAUGUUUUUGUUUCUUUUAUUUUAACUGUGUUGAAGUACUUGAAAUGUAUUGACUGCUGAGAAUCUUUAAAAAAAAAAUGAGUUAUAUUACAGAGGUUGGCAUUGAUCAGGAAUGGGACAAAGUUUUCUUCAAUCUUUUAUUUUUUCCAUACCACUUCACGAUUUUGGUGCAAGAACCUGAGAUUUUUCUUCUUUAUAUUCUGUGAUGUUUCCCAUCUGCUCUCACAGCACGAGCAUGAAGCCCAGUUGGUAGGAAGCGACUGGAGACAGAAGACAGCCCUUGGGGAGUCUUCAGAUGAGUUGGUAGAGAUUCCUGGUAGCCUGACAUGAAAACCCUUUUAUAACAUAGGUGAACGUGGCAGGCUGGGUUUUGACCAGAGAUUUGGAUCUAUCUUAUUCCUGGCUCAUUUCAUUGUGCUCUGUGGAUACACACAAGAAUCCAGAGUUCUGUUUCCUAGGCAAAUACUGCAACUCAGGGCUAAAGUCACCCAGUGAAUCCUUAGAGCCUGAAGUAACUUUGUCCCAGGCCUACAAUGCGUAUCGACUGACUGCAGACUCGCCUCCGUGCAGCCAAGUUCAUGGCUGGUACAUAGCCGUACACAUUAUGUUUCACAAUCAGUACGCACUUUCAGGUAGUCUUAUUUUUAUUCUCUUAAGUCUUUAUUAACUUUGGAGAAAUGAUGCAUCUUUUUAUUUUAAAUGAAGUAGAUCAACAUGGUGGAACAAAAUGAUAAAGAACAGAAAACAUUUCAAUAUAUUACUAAUAAUUUUUUCCAAUAUGAAACCUAAAAUUCCUAUAACAUAGUAUUUUACAGUUUUAUGAAGCUUUCUAUUGUGACUUUUAUGGAAUUAAGAGAUGAAGAAGAUGAGAUAUUUUAGCAUUUAUAUUUUUCAAAAUUAAAUGUAUACUUAAAAUAAAGUAACUUUAUGCAUUUAUGA